AUGGUCACCCGCAAGCCCGCUCCCGACGACACCUCCGUUGACACAAACACCGCGCCCCGGCUGCAAGACAUGCGAAAGGAGCUCUGGAGUGCUACUACCGACUCGCCUUCGGACGUUGGCAGUGUGUGGGAUGACGCUUCGCAACAGAAAGGCGCUGCGGCACUGAACCAACAACCCGCCCAUCACGACUUCCCGGACUCUUUGAAGCCGGGCGCUGGCGCUGCGAUGAACGGCGCAGAGACGACCAAUGGCGUCUGGGACGAUGUCAACGGCGCCAGACCCCAGACAGCCGACAAGCCGAAGGAUGCUGUUGAUGUUCCCUUGGCGCUUCGUCCCGGUCCCCCGCAAGGUCCGCCAUCACGGUCCGAUACGAACCCGUUCAAGAGGAAGGACGUCCGCGCCGGCUCCGAAGAGACAACACCGCCGAUGCCUCCAGCCCAGCCCUUGUCUCAGGUGAGCACCGGGGAAAUUAGUAAUAACCCGUGGCAGCCAGCGCUCGACCAGCAUGCCCUCCAACGCGAGCAAAAGGCCGUCGCUUCGACCGUGCAACAGCCCCUCCGAGCUCAACCCAGCUCCGACGCCGAGCACGAUGCCUGGUCCGUAUCUCAAGACUUACGGCUCCCGCCGAUCUCUACUUCGCCGGCGCUAAUGUCCUUGCCUUCGGAACCUGCAUCGCCGGCCUGGGACGAUCUCCCCGAGAACCAGUCUAAACUGCCAGCGCAACCCCCGCCAGGGCCGAAAGAGGUCAUGAACGAAGCCACCGACGAGCAGCACGCCUGGGAUGACCUUGGUGCACAGAACAAGGGCAAGGGAAAGGCUCCUGCUCCCGUCGCAGUUGCGGCUGUCGUCGAAGAUGGUCCAAUCGACGACUGGAACCUCGUUGACGCGCCCGCACCGGCGCCGGCUCCUCCUUCGAAACCUAUCGAGGCGGCUACACCUAAGCCGCAACCAAACAACAAACUAAUUGACACGGAUGAGCCGGAACCCGCUGAAAAGGCCCCUCCUGCGCUACCCCCAAGGAAUGACGAGGAACACCCACCACGCCAGCCACCUCGCCCAGUCGACGGCAAAUCUGAAACGUAUCAGAUCAAAAACAUCAACUGGUUCGAUCACAGUGCCGAGAAGAAUCCGCGAACGUCUCCAAUCCUGGUCCAGAAUGCCAAUGGCCCUUGUCCGCUCGUAGCUCUGGUGAACGCGCUGACCCUCACCACUCCGGCGUCAGUAUCAGACACGGCGCUUGUGCAGGUACUUCGCUCGCGUGAACAGAUUAGCCUGGGCUACCUGCUUGACGCGGUGUUCGACGAGCUCAUGUCGGAGAGAAGAACCCAUGAAGACACCUCCCUUCCCGAUGUUUCCGAGCUGUACGGCUUUCUCAAGGGGCUGCACACGGGAAUGAACGUGAAUCCUCGCUUCAUACCCACUCCCGAGAUCGUCAAGGCUUUCAAGCGCACUUCUCUCACCCACCUCCACCCAACUGAGCGCGACGACCUGAUCCCUGGCACGUUUGAGGACACCACCGAAAUGGCGCUCUAUGCUGCAUUCGCCAUCCCAUUAAUCCACGGUUGGCUACCACCCAAAUCUGAUCCGGCGUAUGGCGCAUUUGAGCGCCAGGCUGCCUCGUUUGAAGACGUUCAAACGCUGCUAUUCCUUGACGAAGAACUGCAAGAGAAGCUUGGCUCGUUGACAGAAGAGGAAGAGCAAGUGUACUCGGAUAUACAGUACAUCAAAGCGUUCCUGGAGUCGUCUGCUACCCAGCUUACGCCCUGUGGCUUAGACGUAAUUACGAAGGCCAUGAAGCCUGGAUCUGUGGCCAUUCUGUUCCGAAACGAUCACUUUUCCACAUUGUAUCGGCACCCUUCGACCCAGCAACUUCUGGUCCUCGUCACAGAUGCAGGCUAUGUCUCGCACGACGAGAUUGUCUGGGAGUCCCUUGCAGAUGUGAAUGGCGAGCGGACCGAAUACUACUCCGGGGAUUUCCGCAUCGUUGGUGGCCAGCAGGCUCAGAGCACCUCUCGUGGACCGCAGGUCGGGGGGCAACGCAGCCAGGGACGGCCAACCAUCAACACCAACCACAGCAACGCAGGCGAUUGGACUACGGUACAAGGCCGCGGCCGACGGAAGAAUCUUGAUGCGCCAGCAGCUGACGAAACCCCUUUGUCGCCGAACCAUGAACAGGAGGAUCGGGAUCUUGCACUCGCGCUUCAGCUUCAGGAGGAGGAAGAGCAGCGGCAUCGUGCGGAGCAAGCGGCGCGUCGGAGAGAGAGUCAGCUUAGCGAGCAGUUCAUUGAACAGCAAGCUCGUGUCCAGCAAGGGCCCACAACGAGGCGCGCGGCCACGAGGGCGGCCGUCCGCGGAGGAGUGAAUCGAAGCACGAGCAACGUAGCGUCAUCGCAGGGCAGCCGGCGCAACUCGAACGGCAACACGUCAAUACCGCCGACUUCGGGUCGUCAGCCAGGUCAACCGCCGCAAAUGAUCCGACCACUCGUUCCUCCAACAGUUCCUGUCCGUCGACAGGGGGUGAACCGACCGGCCGACGAGGGACUGGAGGACGCACCGCCUACUUAUGAGCAGGCACAGGCGGCUGCCAAGUACGAGCCACCACCUGGCCACCCGCACCACCACGCCAGCAGCCCGGUGGCCGGACGACAAGGAAGUGGCGCUGGUCCGUCGUUCCCGGCCGGUCGGCCGGUUAUGGGCGGUGGACGAGGCCGGGUGAUGGGCCCUGGAGGCGUGGUAGGAAGUUCGUCGGGCGGAAGGGAACGGGACUGCAUCGUUAUGUGA